GUAGAUUUAAGCGAUAGAUCAUGACUCAGUACCUACACUCUAUGUAUUGAUGAAUUGGAAAAUUAAGAAGGUACAUGUAGUUAUGUUUUGAAAUUGGUGCUUUGGAGACUGUCUACACUAAGAUUCUAUAGAAUCUUUGAAAUAUAUGAAGACGGAUUAGAAGUGAAGUUAAUCUGCUAUAAACAGUUUAACAUUUAUAGCAAAAUGUAUUGUUAAAUACUUAAGAGACACAUCAUUCAUGAACAUUAGGAUUUGACACAGUGACAGUCGGACUUGAUAUUUGGGUAUAACAUUUACAAGUAUAAAAUCCACGUAACUGAGACUGAUACAUAAUUCAACCAUGGCAGAACCGGGAGACUUCAGAGCAUGGUGUCAAACACAAGGCCUAACUGAGAACACAGUACAAAUGUUGCUGGAUCAUGGCUUUACAAAUCAAGAUACUCUCAGGCUUGUCACACAGCCUAUAAUUGACAAGGAGUUAGAGACGGAGAAUCUUGGCCAGCGCUUACUGCUGAAAGAGGCCAUUCACAAACUUUGGUUGACAUCAUCAAGUGCUUAUCCUAUCCCUGGCCCUGCUUCAUAUAUGGGACCCCCAGCAUAUGAUACAAUUACACAUGGAAACCCGUCUCCAGCACCUGGGGAAUUAUUUCCAUUGGAGACAUUGUACUCAUCAAAUACCCAACUUCCUCCACUACAGGAUGUGCAUCCUCCACCGAAAAGCAUGAUUUUUUCAUCAGCACAAUCAAUCUCUACAGUAGAUCUACCAACUGGUACAUCGACUUCACAAGCACAAUCAAAAGCUAAAAAACCUUCUGCUAAAAUAAUUCCUGCACCGAAGAAUGCUGCCAAAGUAGAACAUGCUACUGUACCCAUAGAUGCUAAGAUUGUUGUCGCAACAGAACAACACUCAAAAAAACAACCAAAAAAGAAAACAGAAGUGGCAGAAGCGGACACUCCCAAAGUGCAAUCAGCUGCUAAAAAGACAACAGCUGCACCAAAGAAGGCUGCAAAAGCUCCUGUUUCUAAAGAUGACAAGAUUGUUGUAACCAUGGAACAACACCCACCAAAAGAAUCAGACAAGAAAACAAAUGCACAAGCAGACACUCCCAAAGCACAAUCAGCUGCUAAAAAGACAACAGCUGCAACCAAGAAGGCUGCCAAAGUAGGACAAGCUCCUGUCUGCGAAGAUGACAAGACAGUUGUAGCCACAGAACAACCAAAACAACCAAAAAAGAAAGCACAAUUUUCUUAUACCAACCCAUACGGCAAAGCAAUGAUCGAUUUAACUUGGUUAGCAAUUUGGUUUUGUUUUGCUUUGCUUGCUAUAAGUAUAGCAUCAGCCUUUAACAAUACUUCAACAUGGAAGUAUUUUACGGGAUUAUGGGUCUUUAUUAUCAUCGCAAUAGCUGUGUUUUAUGGGGACAAAAUUAAGAAAUUACCAGCAGGAAAUUUAGUUACUGAGACUUUCUUUAUAGUUAUGAGUGUAUUACUUCACUUGGCACUUGUAGCUUGCUUGGUUACCAUGGCAACCUCAGCUUACGGAAUGUACAUUGACAGGGAAAUACAUGUAAAUGGCACAUCAUGUGAUGAUAAACUUCUAAAGACGUUAAAGUUAAAAUGUGACUAUAACACAACAAGUAAUAAUGAGACAUAUACCGGGCCCAAUGUCAUAGGCUGGAAUGACCAGCAGGCCUUCCAUACUGGUAACAUAGUACUUGCAUACAUUGUUUUUGUUUUAGUUGUGUGGGCGUUAUAUGCCAGACGUGACUUCAUCGACGGAUUACCACCAAUCACGUUCAAAGAUGACAUAGAGAAAGGAUUCAUUGAAACAAGUUUCAUGUUUAAACUUACACCAAUAUCUUUCCCAUUCUUAUCUAUAGUUGAAGUGGUAUUCAAGACAACAAUGUGGCAACUUUUCCUCCCUCUGAUAUCUGGAUGUAUUCUCCUUAUCUCAGGAUUUCAUGCACAGAAGUUACAUUUUCUACCAAAAGGUGACAAGAAAAAGAAGCGAUAUAAAGUCCAAAUUAUUUUAUUAACUGUUUCCAUGGUUGUUGUCCUAGCGACGGUUGGUGUCCACGGCGCUGGCAUUCAUCUGGAUAAUGAGAUACACGAAUACGGGGUCUCUUGUGAUGAGGUCUACAUAAAAUACUUUGAUUACACUUGUGAAGUUGAAAAGUCUGCAGGUGAGACUGGACAUACAACACAUGCUUAUCUUAAUACAGGAGAACUGAAUUACAAACAGGGCAUCCAUUUGGGUAUUGUAGUCUUAGGAGUAUUUCAUGUGAUUUUUCUUUUCAUAGCGAUUAAUUCAGGUUCUGUGUUUAUGGUACAAAAUGGUCUCAAAUGCUGCUAGAAUACAAGAUAAGCAGGCCCAUAGCCAGUGAGAAACUACCUGAUUUUGAAAGAACUUUUGGUAGGGGGGGGGGGGGGGGGGGGGGCUGAUAAAAAAAUGCAUAUAAAUCAUUUUCAGUGGAAACAAGGCAUUAACAUGACAUAAUGCCAUCAGAUUUUAAUUGUACAAAAUAUGCUGUUAUUAUAUUGUGUUUUAACUGUUACUAUAUUUUGUGACAAGAAAAUACCAUUAUAUAAUAACAUCAAGUUUUAAUUGUACAAAAUAUGCUGUUAUUAUAUUGUGUUUUAACUGUUAUUAUAUUUUGUGACAAGAAAAUACAAUUAUAUAAUAACAUCAAGUUUUAAUUGUACACAAUAUGCUGUUAUUAUAUUGUGUUAUAAUUGUUAUUAUAUUCUGAGACAAUCUAUCAAUAUGACAUUAGGUUUUAAUUAUACAAAAUAUUCUGUUACUUUAUCGUGUUAUAACUGUUAUUAUAUUCUGUGACAAGGUAUCAAUAUGACAUUAGGUUUUAAUUAUACAAAAUAUGCUGUAAUUAUAUUCUAAGGCAAGACUAUAGGUCAAAAUCUGCUAACUUAUUGCAAAAUGGGUAAAACUAUGGGUUAAACAUCACAAAAUUAGAGCAUUCUUAUCAGAAUUUAUGGAUCGACCCGUGUAUAUACAGACACUGAAAAAUCAAUAUCUAACCACCAUCAAUCGGAGACAAACAAGAUGAUUCCAUGUAUGUAAACAUUUUUAGCAAUUUAAGUAAUAAAAAACACUUCUUGGUGGUGAUUUAGAAUAAUUAAAAAUGUUGAGCAUUCCUCUUGAUUAUUGCAAAUGCAAAAAUAGCUGCAUAUCUGAAAAUUACAUAAUACCAAAAGUUAUUUGAUGUUAAAGGUAGAACUACCUGGUAAACAUCUCUUUAAAUUAUUAAAAACUACCUGUAUAUACAUGUAUUUAUAAAUAAUAUUUAUCACUAAUUGUAACAUUAUUCAAACAGGGUAGUAAAAAAUGAUGUAUUUGUUAAUGUUUAGAAUGAAUAAAUGUAUGUACAGUUUGGACCAUAAAUAAAUGAGUCAUGGAUUUGCUGAAGUGAGAUGUUAAAAAUAAGAGAAUUUUCAAGAGGCCAAACAUCAGUGGAUGAGAGUAUACAAAAUGUAAAAUAUACAAAAUUUAGGAGAUAUAUACCAAGACAAUAUUGAAAUAUAUGGGCUUUCAAACCACCAUGGUUUGGCAACGGUGAUAAAAAUUUACUACCGAUUUACUUACGGUCCAAAUUUUAUUUACUGAAACAAAUUUAAUGAAACCAACCAUGAUGACAAAUGACCUUGUGCUAUGUCAAUCAGUACAAAUAAUUAAUGAAACUAGUUUUAAAUCAUGAAAAUUGGAUCGCUUGUAUUGAAGAAGAAUACAAGUAUGGAUAACAGGAAGGUGGAUAGGGAGACUCAAUCCUUAUCAAGCCAAAGCUCUCCCAACAUCGAAAACACUAAGGCGCAGCACCUCCAUGUUUUUUGUUAAACCAAAAUGCUCAUCAAUGCAAUUAGAUACACCUCCUAAAAUGUUACAAUAAAGCAUAAGAAAACUAGAAUGUUGCACAAAAAUUACAAAAUCAUAGAAUGUUACACAAAAAAAAAUUACAAAAUUAUAAACUGUUGUACAAAAUAUUACAAAUUACUAAAACGUUGCACUAAAAAAUAAUAUAAUAAAAUCCUCCACCCAAAAAUCCUGGGGAUAGCACUGGUUCGUGAAGGUGGCUUAUAGAACCUAAAACCAUGCAUGCAAGGGUAGAAAAAUUUUGGCACAAGGAGUGUAUUCAGUAUCGUCAUAUUGAAUAAUUUCAUUUCGGUUAUGUUCAUAGGCUACCAAGGAUGC